AUGGGGGCUUUAUAUUUCUCUUUCAGGCCGACCUUCCUCUGUGGAGGUCACCUGGUCAUAGACUCGGGCAUCGUGGCCAGCGAAGGUUUCCCCAGUCACUACAAACCCAACAGUAAAUGCACCUGGUACAUCACUGUCCCUGAGGGUCAUGUGGUCAUGCUGUCUUUCCGCCUCUUCGACUUGGAGGCCGACCCCACCUGUCGCUACGACUACCUGGACGUCUACAACGGUCACAACCGCUUGGUGCAGAAGCUGGGACGCUUCUGCGGGACGUUCAGGCCUGGUGCCCUCAUCUCCACCUCCAACACCAUGAUGAUAGACAUGGUGUCGGACGAGGCCACCGGAGGAAGAGGCUUUCUGGCUUACUUCACCGCGGGGAAGCCUCAUGUGGAAGAGAAUCAGUUCUGCGGAGGACGACUGACUAAAGAGCAGGGUUCGGUUAAGACGCCCAACUGGCCCAACUCUGAUUACCCAGCAGGCAUCAGCUGCUCCUGGCAUAUCACCGUCGAGCAGAGUAAUGUGAUCGAGGUGAAGUUUGAGAAGCUGGACUUGGAGCCGGACACGUACUGCCGCUACGACUAUGUGGCGUUGUUUAACGGAGGAGAGAAGGACAACUCGAGAAGAAUUGGGAAAUUCUGUGGAGACAGGGCUCCAAGCACUAUCGUGACCAAUGGGAACGAGCUACUUGUCCAGUUUGUCUCUGACCUCAGCGUGACCUCCGAUGGCUUCAUGGCCCACUACUCCAGUGUGCCCCGCGGUUCCCGGAGACCCACUGCCGGGGGAGACUUCAUCUACAGGCCUCAGACAACGGCCAUGCCACAAAAAAAAGCCGUGAGGCCGAGUAAACCCACCAAACCGACCCCCAAACCAAAACCUGCCGUCCAGGCAAAGCCCACCAAAAAAACACUGGUGAAGAAACCUCCUCUGCGCAAACCUACCAAGAAGCCGGCAGUCAAGCCCUGGGCUAAACCCAAACCAACACCUAAGGUACCUGUGAAGAAGCCCGCACCUAAACCUGGAUCCAAACCUACACCCAAACCCAAGUUUGUCAAACCGACUCUCAAACCCAGCAUCAAGGCGAAACCCACGCGCAAACCUGCAGUGAAGGUCAAACCCACCUUAAAACCUGCAGUCAAACCAGUAAAGCCCACAGUCAGGAGUGGAGUUAAACCGCCCGCUAAACCUAAAGUGACAGCAAAACCAGGAACAAGCAAAACGGUGACGAAGAAGCCUGCUGUGAGCAAGAAACCGUUACCACUGAACCCACUGUGCACACAGGCGUGUAAGCGGACAGGGACUCUGCAGACCAGCUACUGCCCUCACGACUUUGUUAUUACGGGUAGGAUCACGUCUGUGACUGCUGGUCAAAGAGGCUCCGCAAAAGUCGAGGUGGCCCUGAUCAAGGCCUACAAGACAGGACGCCUCAACGUCGCCACAUCAGGCCCGGCCACGUCAGUCACUCUGACCUCCACCUGCAAGAGAUGCCCCGGCCUAAGCAAAGGCUUGAACUACGUGUUGAUGGGGAAAGUGGACGCUCAGGGCAACGGCCAGCUGAGCCCCUCCAGCUUUACUCUCCUCUAUAAGCCCAUCCACGCCAAAGCACUCGCCCUCCUUUCUCGCAAGUCAUGCUGACAUCACGGCCCCAUCCACCAAUCACAGCACACACCUGCAGAGCCCUGACUCUCUAAAAAAAAAAAAAACAGCAACCCAAAAACGUGUAACUUAACAUAAAGACUGAAAAUAUUAUGACUUAUAUUCAAAAACAUCUCUUAUACAAUGUAAAACAGUUGAUUAUUUACAUUUUUUUGAAAGAGUUAACACACCGUUGACUGUUGUGUAUUUUAUAUGUAAAUUAUAUUGUUUGUGUUAAAAGAUGCACAUUAAUAAACAA